AUGCCUGCAGAUGGGAAGCCUCUUGCAUUCAUAUUAUACACAGACAAAGUGAAGUUGUUGUCUUUUGGCCAUGCCAAAGGUUACCCUGUUAUUGCUUGGAUCAUGAACCUCCCAGUCUCAGUCCAAAAUGGUGAAGGAGUUGGUGGUGGUCAAGUUGUGGGAUGGCUGCCAAUUGUCAAAGAUGAUCCUGCAAAGUUGGGAAAACAGAAGUUCAUGGAUUUCAAGGCAGCAGUUUGGCAUGAAUCCUUCAAGAUCUUGCUGAAGUGUCUUAGAUCGAAAAGGAAACAUGGUGGAUGGGUUGAAUGUUGGGACAAAUCUCAAUGUCAUCUGUUUCCCUUUGUGCCAAUCUAUAAACUUGCUUAA